CUAGUUGUAUAGUUUAAGUGUAUUCAUUAUUUCUUAACAAUUAAUUCAAUUGUUGGUUAUUCGACUCAAAGUCCAUUUAUAACAAACAGUUAUAUGAUUGGUAUUAGUUCGAAUCAUUUGUAUAUUUACAUUGUAACAUUUCACUGUAUUUCAAAAAGGUAGUCGGAAUACUUCAAUACGGUUAGUGACGACAUUCUAUGGAAACUUUUUUUUAGACUUUUUUCUUUACGUUAAAUUACAACUUCUUAAUCAAAUACAGAAUAAACAAGCACAUUCCAUUCAGUCAAUAAAUGUAAAUUGAGAUCGUCAAUAAACAUCAUCAGUAUUGUUCUGCAAUAUGGGCUUCAGAAUAAAGUAUAUAUUUCAACAGAAUGCUCUACAACCCAAAUUACCAUAUACUGCGAUGGUUUUAAUACUUACUAGUGUACUAUCAGUUUUAUCAAUCAUUGUUACACUAACCUUAUUCUUGUUAGGUGGAGAAUUUAAAUCGCCGACAUGUAUAAUAAUUUUCACAAGUGUAUUCAAUAUUAUUGGUUUUUUUCUAGGAAUGAUGUUGGUUAUUUUACGGAAGAUGAGAGAAACGUUUCCCUUGAAUAUAAUAAUGUCAAUUUUAUACGGAUUGGCUAUAUCUGCAGCUCAAGGAUACUCUAUCAUCAAUGUGGAAAUUCUAGUAAAAGUCAUAGCAUGGGUUAUUGCUUUCGUGUUGCUUUCGAUUUUGGUCCCGGUUGGUAUGGUUAUAAAGACUGACUUAAGUCAAUAUACAAGUGUAUUUAUGAUUUACUGUGUUGCAGAACUUUCCACAAUCACAGUAGUAUUUAUCGGUCUUAUUAUAGCAGGUAACACACAGGUGGCUUUGGCUGUUUAUGCGGCCGGGGUAUUGCCCAUAUUGAUUCCUCUUGCUAUUGGUUUCGGGCAGCUUACAUUUAGUACAAUUUCCAGUUAUACUUACUAUCCGGAUUACUGUCUGGCAUCAUUGACUUUAUUCACUACGCUAUUGGGAUUUUUUACUACCAUCAGUGUAGAAGCUCAUUUCAUUACAUUGCUAAUCAAAAACAAUACUACCGUUAAACUACUGUAAAUGCCUCAUUAAAAGCAUCAAUACAUAUAUAUUAUUU